AUGGCUGAGGGUAUCGAGAAGCUUGCGGAAGUUCCUGUUGAGUUCUUCAAGGAUGGAUCCGCUUUUGUUAGAAAGUGUCAAAAGCCAACUCAAAAGGGUAUGUAUCAGAUACAGUGGAAGACCACAACGAUUGUUCAGAGCUCACUAUCAAGUUUCAUCAUUAUUUGCCGGUUUGGCCCUGAUUCACAAACAAAUACUAAUCGUUUAGAGUACCUUAAGAUUGUGAGAGCAGUCGGUGUUGGCUUCGUUAUGAUGGGGGUCGUUGGCUACGCCGUCAAAUUGUUGCACAUUCCUAUCAGAUACUUGAUUGUUUAA